GGAGUUCGCCGAGCGUCUUCUCGCUCUGGCCGGAGCCGUCAACCAGUUGCCUGGAAACCUCGGCUGGAGAAGGUGUCGGAGGAGGGGGAUCAAAGGGUGUGGGUGAGGAUCCCGUGUCCGCGCGCCUAGCCUGCAGACUGGAACCCGAGCACGUCACCGCGGAGCUGACUGAUUCCUAUUGGCUGAUUCAGGCAGGGUUCCAUUGUGGACGUCACAAUGCGGAAGUUGGCCAAUGAGCUUCAGACUGAAACUUCCUCCUCUGGGCAACAUCUGUGAGGAAAUCAGUGUUUCCCUCUGACCAUUUCUUUUCGAAUUCUGGGGAAUAUCAGCUGUGAGGAUUUUCAGGACAGAAAUCUCAACAUGUCAAGAUCUGACAGUAUCACUUGAUUCAUCAACACCUGAAUAUAAUCAGCCUUUUUUACAUCAGUUUGACCAGAAAAGCACCCACACACACACAUGAGUGAGAGUGUUCCAGUGCACUGACUGUGGAAAGAGCUUUACCCAGUUACACAGCCUGAAGAAACAUCACAUUAUUCACAGCAGCGGAAAAACCGUAGACGUGUUCUGUGCGUGAACGAGGCUUCAACUGAUCGUCGAGCCUGCAGACACAAGGACAACCGCACCAUGGAGAAACCUUGGAAAUGUGGGGACUGUGGGAAGGGAUUCAGAUUCCCAUGUCAACUGGAAAGUCAUCGACACACUCACACUGGGGAGAGGCCAUUCACCUGCACUGAUUGUGGGAAGGGAUUCAUCCAUUCAUCCCAUCUGCUGACACACCAGCGAGUUCACACCAGUGAGAGGCCAUUCACCUGCUCUGAUUGUGGGAAGGGAUUCACUCAGUCAUGUAACUUGGUGAGACACCAGCGAGUUCACACUGGGGAGAGGCCAUUCACUUGCUGUCAGUGUGGGAAGGGCUUCAGUGACUUAUCCACCCUACUACACCACCAGCAAGUUCACACUGAGGAGAGGCCGUUCACCUGUUCUCAAUGUGGGAAGGGAUUCAAUCGGUCAUCCAACCUGCUGAGACACCAGCGACUUCACACUGGGGAGAGGAUGUUCACCUGCACUGAAUGUGGGAUGGGCUUCACUCAGUCAUCCAGCCUGCUCUCACACCAGCGAGUUCACACUGGAGAGAGGCCGUUCACCUGCACUGAGUGUGGGAUGGGAUUUGCUCAGUCAUCCAGCCUGCUGAAACACCAGCGAGUUCACACUGGGGAGAAGCCGUUCACCUGCUCUGAAUGUGGGAAGAGAUUCAGUGAUUCAUCCAACCUCUUGAGACACCAGCGUGUUCACACUGGGGACAAGCCAUUCACCUGCUCAAAGUGUGGGAUGGAAUUCACUCAGACAUCCAGUCUGCUGACACACCAGCGAGUUCACACUGGGGAGACACCAUUCACCUGCUCUGAGUGUGGGAAGAGAUUUAAUCGGUUAUACAAUCUUCGGAAGCACCGGCAAGCUCACAAGUGAUUAUUGAGGAGUUUGGAUUCUACUGUUGCUGCAGUUAAUCACAUCCUUGACUGAAUUUUGCACAUUCUGCCAGCUGGCAAGCUGGGAAGAUUGGAGCGUUUCUUUCUGCUGGACUGGCCAGUCUUACAACUUUGCCUCCAGUGGAAUGAUGCUCUUUGAGCCUUGUUGCAAACUCCAAUUUCUUAUUUCAUAACGAUCACAGAAUGAAAAAGUGUUUUGAAGGUAAAUGAUAUUUAGUUUGCAUUUCUGUUUGGAAGAUCCCAAAGCUUGUCACAUUGCCUUGGAGAUGGGCAAUGGGGGUUCAAAGGCUCUUUUGCUUCACUUAUCUGGGUGUUCCUCACAGAAUGCAAUUGCAGAUUUGUUCUUGUAUCGUUUUCAGCCCCCUUGGCAUUGGUGAGGGAAAAAGAAGCUGGACGAUCGACCUAGCUUGAGCUGAAGGAUGAAAUCUACAGUGACCCUUUCAAUGAAAGGCAGUUAGUCUUGUAGCAGAAAGCAGUCAGCUUCAACAGUUAGCUUGGAAAGAGCUGUGAAGAUGAUGUGGGAGCAACCUGGGAGGCAAAAAGGCAGUGAGGCUUAUGCUUGAGCUGAGGAAUCAACAGUAGUGAGGUCUACAAGCAGUUUUUAAGGGUCGAUUAGCCAAAAGCUAAUGGAAAGAUGACCAGGAAAUCUUGUACCUCAGAACAGGACCUGGAACACUGAGGAAAAAUCAAAGUGAAUUCCAGAGGGCUGUGGCACGUGGGUUGGUCCCAGGAAAAGUGAAUGAACCUUCAAGAUCUUGCACCAUAUAAGGUAAACUUUUGGGCCUCAAUGAAAGGUAGAACGGGUUUUAUAGCUUAAGUAAUUUCAAAACAUUGUGUUAAGUUAGCAGUGUUUGCUUUAUUUACUUUUUUUACAUACAAUGAAGUUUGUUUUUGUUUAAUAAUGUGAAAUCUUGUGGCAUAUCUCUUUCAGUUAAUUACUGGGUUUUCAGAUUUCUCUUCAAGUAUUAAUGGUCCCCACCAGCUUCUUAAGAAUGUUGGGAAAUCUGGGAUUUCGAAUCCACAAACUGAUACGUGUGCGCUGUGUUUUGCUAAGGUUUAGGCUAACAAGACUUCACUGUGAACUUUACUGUACUUAUUGAGAAGCAGAAUUGCUUGUUAAUUGC